AUGAACGCAUUGAUAUUCGGAGCUACAGGGUUAUGUGGCCGUUAUUUUGUUGAAUAUGCUGAAAAAUCAUCAAAAAUUUCAAAAAUCUUCACCGUUACAAGGAGAUCCUUACCACAAAAAGUAGGUCCCAGGAUUACUCAAUUAGUUGAAACAGACAAUUCCAAAUGGGCAUCUAUGAUCCCUGACAAGGAAAUUAAUGUUUUAUUUACUUCCCUAUCUACAACCAGAGGUGCUGCCGGUGGAUUUGAUGAACAAUACAAGAUUGAUCAUGACUUGAAUAUAGAAUUAGCAAAGGCUGCAAAGGAAAAGGGAUGCUCCACUAUUGUGCUUGUUAGUUCACGUGGGGCACAUGCUGAUUCAAGAAUGGCAUAUACGAGAAUGAAGGGAGAAAUUGAAAGGGACAUUAUUGCUCUAGGUUUUGACCAUACAAUAAUCCUUCGUCCUGGAAUCCUUUUGGGUCAAAGAGAUAGUAAUGGGGAUAGUGGAUUUGGUGGUGGUAUUGCUAGUAUGAUUGGUGGUUUCCUUUAUAACCAUAAAAGAAAUCUCUUCAAGGGCCAUUCCGUGGAGGCAGAAGAUGUUGGUAAAGUUGGUGUCCAUUUGGCACUUGAUGAACAAGAAAAGGUUCGUAUCGUUGAAAGUAAAGAAAUUAUUGAGAUUGCUGAAAAGAUUUCUAAAUAG